UUUCCUACAUUCUUUUAUCAUGUUUUGCUGCUUCUUUUCAGCUUCUUCUCAUUCCAAUGGUUUCGAUAGCCUCAAUGAGUCCAAUUGCUUCUUCAAGCUCCCAACUUCAGACUACAGCAAUUACUCAUUCGACAGAUCCAAAUUGUCAAGCAGCCUUACUGAAUAGCUUCAAAACAGAAUUUUCCUUACCAAAUGGCAGCACUUUUCAAUCUCCUGUUGCUAUACCUUCAGCACAUUCUGCCUAUUCAAAUGUUACUAAUCCAUGGGCCAAUUCAUUAGUUGCAGCAGCAGCCCUUGGCAAUCCUACGAAUGAAGAUAUUCGUCCACUUGUCGGCGCUCAACAAAUGUUGGCUGCAGUACAACCACCUUAUAAUAUACCGGCUACAUAUUAUGGAUUCGGCGGAAUGGCUGCUGUCAAUCAAUGUUGGCCAAAUGUUGCCGUCGAUUGGAUUGGUCAGCAAUCGUUAUCAACAGGUUUAAGCAGUUCAAAUGAUCUCCAUGAUCAACCUCAACAUUCCCAGCAUUAUGAUAACGAAGCUUCAACAAAGUUGACCGACAAAAUGAUGGAAUGCAAGCAGCUUUUACUUUUAAAAUCUGAUGAUGGAGAACAAGCAACAUCAAAAUCAAAAAUGGAGCCACAACUAAAUAUUAACUCUAGGAAUGAGCCUUGUGGAAGCAGGACCAUCAGUAACAAUGAGUCAACUGAUUUUCAGUCACCAAGCACAAACAUUCCUGAAUACGGAUUUGAUGCAUCUUCGGCAGCUGAAUUCUACUCCACUCAUUUAACGUCUCAUGAUCAAAGCCAGACUACCAAUUCUAUCAUUCCAUCUUCAGCUGCAGCCGCUACCGCUGCCCAAACUUGGCAAUACUCACAACAAUGGCAACAUUAUGCACAACAAGUUGCAAUGGCAAAUGCGGCUGGCGCCGCAAUUUGUGCGGCAGGUGCCGCAAUGCAACAACAUUAUGGUGCUUCCGUCAACUCUGGAAACACUGACGCAAUUAAUGGUGUUUGUUCAACGGCCAAUCUAUUUAACGAAGCGGAAGCUAGCACUAGUGGCACAGUUUUUCAAUCGGCAGAAAAUAACCGCUCUUUACGUUCUGAUUUGGCUUGGGUAUCAGCUUGCGGAUCAAGUCAACGAAAAAAACGAAAGCCUUAUGGCAAAGGUCAAACCAAUGAUUUGGAAACGGAGUAUUGCUCUAAUCCUUACGUAACAAAACAAAGGCGUUAUGAAUUGUCGCGAAGAUUGGGGCUAACUGAAAGACAAGUGAAGAUUUGGUUUCAGAACAGACGGAUGAAAACAAAAAAGUAAGAAUUGGGAGAGAGUACUAAAUACCGUAAACUUCAAUAGAAGCCCAUCCCUAAUAGAAGCCCGUUCCAUGUUAGAAACCUACUCAAUAAGGGGUAUUGAAAAAUAGAAGCCCAUAGCUUCUAUCAGAGAUUUUACGUUAAUUUAUCUUUGUUGAAUAUUAUUUUUAUAGGCUCAAGCAUAGAGGUAUUAAUGAUCACCCUCAUUCGACUACUCCAACACAUUGGGCAACAUUACCAAACUCAAAUGAGCAAAGAAUAAAUGCCCAGCAGCUCCUAGGUAGUGGUCCUUUUACCCUAGGCCUGCAUCAAAUUCACGGAAUUGGAGGAAUACAAGAUGAAGAUUGAACAGAUUUUUUUAAAAAUUUUCCACUAACAUGCAUUAUUUAAUUUUGCAUACAGAUAACCCAAAAAAGUUUAUCAUAUUAGAUUUCAAAUGUUUGUACCUAUUUGGAUCAGAUAUCAUUUAGUAUCAGACUUUCUGAUAUCAAAUAGGGGUAGGGGCGAAAAAGCUUAAUUUAACUGGGUUUAUUUAUGGAAACUUAGUUACCUAUAUAGCUUAACAGAUUAAUUCUUCUCAAAAGCAGAUUAAAAUUUUUGGUACUUUCUAACCUCCCCGACUCUAUAUGAUUCCCCAAAAGGAAAGAUUAAUUCUGAGACUCAAAAAGGGUGGGGGUAUGAAUAAAGUACCAAAAAUUUUUUCGAUUUUUAACUCAGUUAAAAAUUUUUUACUAUUUUCUUACAUUAAUAUUUAAAAAUUUUCGAUGCAACUAUAUCUUUAAUGUAAUAUUAUGUAAAGGUGCAUAAGUUUAUUUAUAUAUUUUUGCAAUUGUUCUUAUUUAACAAAUUUCUACACGUCGAUAGGCGGCUUAUGGCACAAUAAAGAAUGAAGCAAGUCGGGUGCCAGCUUGCAUUAGAAUGUGGGGGUAAGUGUUUGUAAAGUAGAAGAGAGAACAAAAUUGACAGAGUAUACACGUCGCUAAACUAAUGUUUAUGCCAUGAAAUUCUCUAGCUUUAUCUUUUGGCAUUAGCAUUGCUUGCCUGGCUG